UGGAAUAGGAAGCUGGAGAAAGAGAGAUUUGGAUUGGUUACUCUUCAGGCGACUCGCCCAAGAGGCGGGUUCGUCACGUUCGCACAGCCCGCUGGAAUGUUUAGGGCAUGCGCAGAGCGACAGGUGAAGGCGCCGGGUAACAUGAACCCGCUGACCAAAGUGAAGCUGAUCAAUGAGCUGAACGAGCGUGAAGCCCAGCUGGGUGUGCAAGAGAAAGUAUCCUGGCAUGCUGAGUAUAGUGACAGCGCAUGGGUGUUUGUGGGGGGUUUACCAUACGAGCUGACUGAAGGAGACAUCAUCUGUGUCUUUUCACAGUAUGGGGAAAUUGUGAACAUCAACCUGGUACGUGAUAAGAAGACAGGGAAAUCCAAAGGCUUUUGCUUCAUUUGCUAUGAAGAUCAGCGAAGCACCAUUCUUGCCGUAGACAACUUCAAUGGGAUCAAGAUCAAAGGAAGGACAAUUCGUGUGGACCAUGUAGCUAACUAUCGUCCUCCCAAAGACUCUGAGGAUAUUGAUGACAUAACCAAAGCCCUCCGGGAAAAAGGAUGUGGCAUUAAAACACCUCCCCCCAGUUCACCUGAAUCCUCAGAAGAUGAGGAAGUGGAAGUGAAGAAGCACAAAAAAGAAAAAAGCAAGAAGAAGAAAAAAGAAAAGAAAGAGCAUCGGAAACGUAUGAAAGAGGAGCUCCCUGCAGAUGCACCACCUGCUAAAGCCAAGAUCAAAGUGGAGAGGGAAGAUCCAGGCUAUGAACGAUAUGCUGGUGCAAGUCAGCAAACCUCGAGCUCCUCUGGGCACAAACCCGCCAGCUGGGCAGUGCAAGAACAAGAACUCAUGUAUGAACGUGUGAGAGAGAGGUCAAGAGAGAGAGGCGGGCAAGGUAAAAGAGAAAGAUCUCCAGAAAGGGAUCAGAGAGGAGAGGGAUCUCGAGACAAGGGCAGAGAAAGGCAUUGGCACGACCAGAGAGAGGGAUCUGGAGAGAAGUUUCAAGAGAAAGUCAGAGAGAGGGACCAGCAGGAUCAGAGAGAGGGGUCUCGAGAGAGGGGCCGGUAUGAUCAGAGAGAGCGGUCUCGAGAGAGGGGCUGGCAAGAUCAGAGGGAGGGGUCUCGAGAGAAGGUCAGAGAUUGGGACCGGCAGGAUCAGAGGGAGGGGUCUCGAGAGUGGGGCACAGAGAGGGGCUGGCAGGAUCAGAGAACAUCUCAUGUCGACCGGGGUGAGGAGAAGCAUAAGAAAACAGAAGACAGAACGAGAGCAGCAGAAAGCAGGAGAUCCCGAGAGCGAUGGGAGAACAGAGACAAACCACCCAGGGAGAAGGAGUCUUCCAGACACUACUAACCUUCGUGUUCCACCUUUGCAAGUGCAAACAGACACAAGGGGGGUGGGGGUGGACCUACUGCUGCACCAGCUCAGUGAAAAGAGGGAGAGAGCCCUGGCUGCUGGCAGGAAUUUCUCUGCAGCUCUGUGCUGCUCUGCUUGGCAGAAAAAGGCCCAAGAACUGAACUCUUCGGAUUCAUUGGUCUGGACAUGAGAGAGCUGCUGGGGACCAUCUUCACUUUGGCCAGAAUGGUGUGGCUUGGGUAUCUUUUUUUUUAAACACAUUAUGUAGAAACUCAGAUUUAAUAAAUGUGCUUCAAGCAUUUGCAACAGCC